AUGAUCUGUAUGUUAUCCAUAACACCUGAAAAAUACUCAGAAAUCCAGAGAUCAACAAGAAGUGAACUUGAAACUACCAUACAAACAGAAUGGCCAGACACAAAGAAUGAAUGUCCAUACGAAGUCAGACAGUACUUUGACUCAAGGGAUCAGCUAUCCGUCCUUGACAGCAUUGUGUACAAAGGCAGUCGAAUAGUCAUCCCACCCAGUAUGCAUAAAGACAUGCUUAACCUCUUACACAAGUCUCAUCUGGGAAUAGUCAAAUCAAAGAGCCGUGCCAGGGAAAUCAUGUACUGGCCAGCCAUGAAUGCUGACAUAGAACAAGCUGUAAAUAAUUGCUCGUCAUGUGCAGAGUAUCAGAAACAGCAAAACAGAGAACCUCUCAUGCCAACACCAACCCCAGACCUUCCAUACAGUCGUGUUGGAACUGAUUUAUUUGAAUUUGAGGGCAAGAAAUACCUUAUUCUUGUGGACUAUUAUUCUAAGUACAUUGAUGCUGUACAACUCAGAUCAGAGACAACAGCAGCGAUAAUAGAGGCCAUGAAAACAGUCUUUGCAUGCCAUGGACUUCCAGGGAUACUUCGGUCGGACAAUGGACCACAGUUCAGUUCAGCUACCUUCAAAAACUUCUGCGCAGAACACGGAAUUGAACAUGAAAGAAGUAGUCCCCAUUUUCAAAGCGCAAAUGGUGAGGCUGAGAGAGCAGUACAAACCGUAAAACAUUUAUGGAUGAAGUGUGAAGACAAGCAGCUCGCACUCUUAGACUAUAGGACAACACCGCUGGAAAAUAUCCAACUGUCACCAGCUCAAAUCCUAAUGGGACGCAGACCUAGAAACACGUUGCCAGCAUCACAAGAUCUUCUGAAGCCGAUAACGCAUGAUCUCAGAAAAGUAAAGCAACACCUUAACGCACAGAAAGCUAAGCAGAAAUUUUACUAUGACAGAAGAAAUGUCAAGGAGUUGUCACCCCUAGAAAAUGGUACAACAGUCAGAAUAGAAACACCUGGCUCGAAAUCCUUAUCUUCAGGUGAAAACCCACAGGAUGAAGAAGACGACCCUAUUGAAGACAGCUGUUUCAAUGAGUCUGCCAUAGAAAAUGCUGCUACACCUCUCGUCAGAGACAUACCCGCCAAUCACAGUAAUGCACUCCAAACCAGAUCUGGACGAAUCGUAAAACCUCCAGUGAAACUUAACUUGUGA